GAUCCGGGGCGGAAAGGGUGGAGCCUACAAAAAAUCAAAAAUAGAGCGCGGCUACAGCUGGAGUCUGCGGCAGGCCGGUGUCGGUGUUCGCUGACAGCACGUCGAGAUGGACUCCACCGCCUGCUUGAAGUCCUUGCUCCUGAGCAUCAAUCAGUACAAAGCCGUUAAGUCGGAGGCGAACGCCACUCAGCUCCUGAGGCACUUGGAGAUAGUUUCUGGACAAAAGCUGACAAGGCUGUUUACAUCACAUCAGAUACUGCCAAGUGAAUGCUUGAGUUGCCUCGUAGAACUUCUUGAAGACCCAAACAUAAGUGCUUCACUGAUCUUAAGUAUUAUCAGUUUGCUGUCUCAACUGGCUUUAGAUAAUGAAAGCCGAGACUGUCUUCAGAAUCUAUACAAUCUGAACAGUGUGCUGGCAGGAGUGGUUUGUCGGAGCAGCACUUGCCACAAUGAUUCGGUGUUUUUACAGUGUAUUCAACUCCUGCAAAGGUUAACAUAUAAUGUCAGAUUUUUCCAUUCUGGUGCCCAUAUAGAUGACUUAGUUACAUUCUUGAUUGGUCAUAUACAGUCUUCUGAAGAUGAGCUAACAAUGCCUUGUCUAGGAUUAUUGGCAAAUCUUUGUCGGUACAAUCUUUCUGUUCAAACACAAAUAAAAACUUUGAGUAAUGUGAAAUCUUUUUAUCGAACUCUCAUAAGCUUCCUAGCACACAGCAGUCUGACAGUGGUUGUGUUUGCACUUUCAAUAUUAUCCAGUUUGACACUAAAUGAAGAAGUCGGGGAAAAGCUAUUUCAUGCUCGAAAUAUUCAUCAGACUUUCCAACUAAUAUUUAAUAUUCUCAUAAAUGGUGAUGGUACCCUAACAAGAAAGUAUUCAGUUGAUCUACUCAUGGAUCUCCUCAAGAAUCCUAAAAUUGCUGAUUAUCUUACAAGGUAUGAACACUUCUCUUCAUGUCUUAAUCAAGUACUUGGGCUUCUAAAUGCAAAAGACGCUGAUUCUUCUUCAAAGGUUUUAGAAUUACUUCUUGCAUUCUGUGCAGUGACUCAGUUGCGCCAUGUGCUCAGUCACAUGAUGUUUGAACAGUCUCCACCUGGCAACAACGUUCUGGGAAGCCGUCCUAAGAGCUUAGAACCUACUGUGGCUCUACUUCGUUGGCUAAGCCAACCUUUGGAUGGAUCUGAAAACUGUUCUGUUUUAGCUUUGGAGUUGUUCAAGGAAAUCUUUGAGGAUGUCAUUGAUACUGGUAACUGUUCCUCAACUGACUGUUUUGUGACGCUUCUGCUGCCUACAAUCCUAGAUCAGCUUCAGUUCACAGAACAAAAUCUGGAUGAGACCUUAAUAAGAAAAAAGUGUGAAAGGAUGGUCAAAGCCAUUGAAGUUUUGUUAACUCUGUGUGGAGAUGACACGCUGAAAAUGCAUGUUGUGAAAGUACUGACCACUAUAAAGUGCACCACACUGAUAGAGCAACAGUUUAAAUAUGGCAAGAUUGACCUGGGGUUUGGAACAAAGGUAGCAGAUUCUGAAUUGUGCAAACUUGCUGCUGAUGUAAUUUUGAAAACUCUUAAUUUGAUGAACAAACUUAAGCAAUUGGUUCCUGGUAUGGAAGUAAGCUUCUACAAAAUCCUUCAGGAUCCACGUUUGAUUACACCUUUGGCUUUUGCUUUAACAUCAGAUAAUAGAGAACAAGUACAGUCUGGAUUGGGAAUAUUGCUGGAAGCUGCUCCACUGCCAGAUUUUCCUGCCUUAGUCCUUGGAGAAAGUAUAGCAGCAAACAAUGUAUACAGACAGCAAGAAACGGAGAAUAUGCCCAGGAAAGUGCCUUUGCAGCCCUUAAAUCACUGUUUUUCAACAUCAGCAAAGUGCUUAACGCCUCCUCUUUCAAAAGAUAAUGCGCCUGCAUUGAACGUUGAAGAGCUAAUAGAGAAACUUCAGGCUGGAAUGAUGGUAAAGGAUCAGAUUAAUGAUAUAAGAAUAUCUGACAUAAUGGAUGUUUAUGAGAUGAAACUUUCCACAUUAGCCUCUAAAGAGAGCAGGUUGCAAGAUCUCCUGGAAGCAAAAGCCCUGGCUCUUGCACAGGCUGACAGACUAAUUGCUCAGUAUCGUUGUCAAAGAACUCAAGCAGAGACAGAGGCACGAACACUUGCAGGCAUGUUAAGAGAAGUUGAGAAAAAAAAUGAAGAGCUUAGUAUGUUGCUGAAGUCACAACAGCUGGAGUCAGAAAGAAUCCAAAAUGAUAUUGAGCAUCUCUUUCAACACAGUAGGAAGUUGGAGUCUGUGGCUGAAGAACAUGAAAUACUGACAAAGUCCUACAUGGAACUUGUUCAAAGAAAUGAAACUACUGAGAAGAAGAAUACGGACUUACAGACUACUUGUGAGUCCCUGAAUAAACAAGUUGAGACAGUGAAAAAGUUGAAUGAGUCACUCAAGCAACAAAAUGAAAAAGCUAUUGCUCAGUUGAUGGAGAAAGAAGAACAGAGAAAAGAAGUCCAGAGCCAGUUAGUAGACAGAGAAUAUAAAUUAUCAAAUUUGCGUAAAAUAGCAAAAUCCCAAGAAGAAAAGAUUAGUGUUUUACAAAAAGAAAAGGAAGAUAAACAGGAAGCCAUUGAUGGCCUUAAAAAAGAGUUAAGCAGAACAGAACAGAUAAGAAAAGAGUUGAGUAUUAAGGCUUCCUCCCUAGAAGUGCAGAAGACUCAAUUAGAAGGUCGUUUGGAAGAGAAAGAGUCUUUGGUGAAACUUCAGCAAGACGAGUUGAACAAACAUUCUCACAUGAUAGCAAUGAUCCACAGUUUAAGUGGUGGAAAAAUAAGCCCAGAAACUGUGAAUCUUAGUAUAUAAACAUUAUGGCUUUGGGGAAUUUGUACAUGAAUACUUUUGAUGUAUUUAUAUAUUAGAGGUCACAGUAAAUGGAGGAAUCAUGACUCCAAAACAGUUAUCAUUUGCUUGCUGUCUAUUGACUUAGUAAAAAUCCUAAUUUGUUUGAUGUUUUAUAUGAUCUUUGGAAUAGAGUUUGUUUGUUUGUUUGUUUGGUUGGUUGGUUGGUUAUUUUAUGGUUUGGUUUUUCUAAUGUUUGCCCCUACAUGUCUUAUUUAUUUUCAUUUAUGAUUAUAGUCAUGGAUUACUUAGUAUCAACCAUGGAUCAUUUAUAUAAAUGUGCUUUUAAGUACUUUCUUUAAUUUGUGACUAUAUGAGACACACAGACUAUGAGGGAUAAAAUGUCACUAAGCAAUAUCAUUUUUGGGGACUAUUGUAAUAAAUAUGAUCUAUCAUUGACUAAAAUAUCACCGUCACCAAGUGAUAUAUUUGUUAAAUUAAACUUUCUUGUUACAGUAGUCUUAAAAGAUUAGUUGGCUCAGAUCAACUAGUAAAAGGAGAAAUGGUCUGAUAAUACUAAGAAAUUUCUCUCUAAAGUUAAUAGUAUUCUCUAGUAGAUUGAAAGGACUUUUCUAUUACUGCAUAAAAAAUGAAAUAAUGUAAAGCCUAAACGCUAAAUUUGAAAACAGUGCACUAGUUAUGAGAAACAAUGUUUAAAAAUUGAAAGUGUCCAUUAUGUUAAAUGAUUACAUACUUUCUUAAUAGAAUUAUUCUUCGUAGAAUUAAUCUUCUCUAGUUCUUUUAUUUGGCUUGUAUUAUUAUUGCUUUUUUUUUUUAAGGCAUAUAGUAAGCUAAGGUAGUCUUUAACUCUCUCACUUUCUGUUUUUAUUUUUUGUUAUUGUUUUUCAAUUUUGUUGUUUGCUCUUUAAGAUGCAGUUUCUCUCUGUAGUCCAAGCUGAUCUUGAGCUCACUGUGGAACCCAUGCCUUUCUAUGGUGAUCUUCUGCCUUGGCUACCAAGUGCUGAGAUUAAAAGUGUGAUCUACUUAUAUCAGGCUAUGUUUUCUCCUUAAAAUAAUGUAUGUUGACAAACCCGUUAUCACUUUCAAAGGUAAUCUGAUUUCUAUCCUAGCUAGUUAAAAAUGUUAUUUUCUGUAGUAUAAUACACAUUUAAUGUAUAAAUAUUUUCCAACUGAACCAUUGAAAUUCGAAGCAAAAGUAUACUUGUUUUUAUUCAUACAAGGGAUUUUUUUCAGCACUUUUUAUUUGAAUAAAGUGCAAGUGUGAUGUUUUUAAGAAAACAUUUUAGAUCAGUACUUUUGAUAUCCUUGUUAUGUUAUUCGUGCAUUCUUAAUCAUAUAUGAUUUAUGUGAGUUUAGUUUUCUUUUCAUUUUCAAAUAUAAAAAAUAUGAAUUUGGGUUUAGGAAUUAAUCAUAUUUUCAUUUUAAUGGUUGCAUUAAGAACUAUAGCUGGAUGGUGGUGGUUUAUGCCUUUAAUCCCAGCACUUGGGAUUACAGAACCAAAAGCUCUGUUAAAAUGAAAAGAAUAAAAAAUUAAAAGGAACAAAUUAGUGAACGAACUAAAAAUUCUAGGAAAAAUAAAGCUGUACAACUCUCUAGGCACUGAAAAUAUAUAAAACCCCAUGUUACCCCAUAGAAUUGUCUGUGUGCUACCUAAUAACACUAACUAUACAUGCUUCUGAGCACUUGACAUGUGGUAUAUACAGCUGAAAAGUUGGAUUUUUAAUUUGUUUAAUAGCUACUCUAUGGGACACUUUGACAUUGUGAUAUGACAUUAUCUACAUUAUUUUAGGCAUACUCAGAGCUAUCCUGGGUGGAAUGCUACCAAAGGGACCCAGGUUAGAUUUGCCUAAUAGGUCAUAUAGUUUUCAGUUACAAUGUUAAACUUUUAUCUGAAAAAUAGAAAAAGUGAUGCAUAAGAUGUAAAUUGCACAUGAUUCUGAGUUGGUGAACUCUUACAUCUUCCUGCUCUGUUUUGGAUCAUGAAUCAUAUUUCCAUCAUAUCUCUACUUCAUAUUCUACUUUCAGUUUGGCUAUUUUAUUUAACCCAGUUAUCAGAUCAUGUUCAAAGGUACUGAAAUGGUUUAUUCAACAAACCUUUACUUUAUAAUACUUAAUAAUGGCCCUAAAACAUGCCAAAAUAGUAAUUUGGAUAUAACCGUUAUAUCUCACUUAAUUAAAGAACAUAGGAGAAGUGCAAUGAUAUUUUGAGAUCAAUACUAUAAUUAACUCAUUACAGCACCUAUUUAUAAUUACUGUUUUUAAUUAUUGUCGAUUAUUAUUUCCUUGCAGUACCUAAUUUAUAACUCAAGCUUUGUCGCUAGGUAUAAUACUGUGUGCCUGCAACUCUCAUACACUGAAAGCACAGAGAGAGGUAGAUCACAAGUUUGAUGUCGAUUGAGCUGUACAGUAAGGUCUUGUUUUACAUAAGAAUGAAACCAUGGACAUUGGUAGAACAAGAGUUAGUUAUAUUUAAUAAUAUGUAUUAUAGGAAGAAUCGUACAUGUAGAACUUAGUACUACCUCUGGUUCAAGGCAUCUGUAAGAACUUUGGGAUAUGUCAUUUUUGGAUGGGUGGGAACAACUGUACUCGAAUAUAUUGAUAGUAGCCUUUCUCAAAGUGCAGUCAUUUCAGUCUUUUUGUAGGAAAAGCAUCUUUCACUGCUUUCUUUGUUUCUUGUAGCAUGUUUCUUAUUCCUGUAUUCUUUUCAACAUGUAGUACAUUGGGUAUUUAUCUGGUUGUGUUUUAAUUUGAUUUUGUUUCUGGUUCUGUGUAGCUCAGAUUUUAAAAGCAAAAGUUAAUAUCUGGAUAUUUCUUUUCUAAAAAAGUUUUAAUUGAGUUCACACUAUUUUACCAUAGUUGAGGAUUUAGAGAUGAUUAGUAUGUUUCCUUUUAUUAUUUAUUCUUAAAACUUGUGCAAGUAAUGUUCUUGGGCAGUUUGAAUGAAAAUGGUCUCAGAGGCUUCUAGGACUGGCACUAUUGAGAGAGGUGUCCUUUUUGGAAUAGGUGUGGUUUUGUGGAGAAAGUGUUUCACUGGCUUUGAGGUCUCAGGUGCUCCAACCAGGCCAGUGGCUCAAGGUCUAUUUCUGCUGUGUGGAUCUAAGUGUAGAACUCUCAGCUUCUUCUCCAGCACCAUAUUUGUCUGCAGGCUACGAUGCUUCCUGCUAUGAUGAUAACAGACUAAACCUCUAAAACUGUAAGACAGUCCCAAUUAAAUAUUUUCCUUUAUAAGAGUUGCCAUUGUCAUGGUGUCUCUUCACAGCAAUAGAAAGCCUAACUAAAACAGUUCUCUUAAAACUUGAUUGAUUAAAGUUUAUUCCAAGCUGUUUGUUAAUUUAAUGUGAGGAUAAAAAGAAGAUGGAAGGCUAAUACUUUAUCGUAGAAAAUCAAAUUCGUGCUUCUUCAGGUCUUAACAUCAUAAAAACUAUCUGAUAACAGAGAUUCCAUCAUUGGUUAGUUUUGUUAUAUUAGGUUGUGGGAGACAUAGGAUUAUGGUCACAACUAUUAAGCCUUACAAUUUUAGCACAAAAGCAGCCUUGAACAUUGCAUAGGUAAAUAUUCCCAGCUCAGUUCUAGUAAACCUUAUUAACAAAAACUGUUAAUUAUUUGCUAUUAAAUGUUCAGUUUGCCCACUAAGAAAUCUCUCUUUGCUAUUCCUUGUCUUAUGAUCUGUUUUGUUUAUUAAUAACUGUUACUACAUUUUGUAUUUUCUUUGGCCUGUUAUAUUGUUUUGUGUCAUUUCCUUUUGUACAUUUAUAUAUAAAACAUUACUUGUAGAUACUUUACAGGUAGGACUGAUUUCGUAAUCUGUUUUGACAAUAAGUUCUUUUAUUUUCGUUCUCCACUUAAGAGUUGAUAUUGUAAGUCAGUAUAUAAAAUGCAAACCUCACUUCUCCAUAGCACCACUUAUCACGUCAUCCUUUAUGCUACAGAUGACUAUAUGUUGCUGCCUAUAUGUAAAUAAAUAGUUCCCAAGCAUUAUUACAGUAUUCUUUAAAUAAAUAAAUUACUCCAAAUGUCAUCAAUAUAUUUACCUAUUGCUUGUGCUGAAGCACAAUAGCUUAUAACAUGACGUGUGGGUUUGGGAGUCAUAACUAAGUUCUAGGCAGAGUCAGCUAAUAACUUUUUCUCUUCUAAUUUUUAUAUAUUUAUA